AUGGCUCUCAUCUGGUUAUUGAGUCUCGCCCUCGUAGGUGCAUCAUCAGCUGACUAUCUGCAAACAUACCCCUCCAUCGUGCAAGUGGAGACUAUCCAGCCGUGGGGUUUCUGGGAGCAGACUUGCGCCGCGAGCAUCCUCAAUUCCAGAUACGUGCUCUCUGCUGCCUCUUGUUUCUCAACAUCACCAUCGUUACAUCGUAUCCGCGCCGGCGCUACGUUCCGACACACCGGUGGUAUCAUCAACUAUGUCGACAGAGUGAUCAACUACCCCAGAGGAAACUUUACCACCCAGGUUCACGACAUCUCCGUAGUGAGACUAGCGUCCGUUCUCACGUACAGCUCUCUCAUACAACAGGCUGCUAUUGCAAAGCCGCAAACAAUUAUCCCCAAUGGAAUAGUUUUGGCGCAAGGAGGUUGGGGUCGUGGCAACUCCUCAUACUCUCUCAGCUUUGCUCAAGUAAGGACGGUCAGUGGUAGUCAUUGCGGUGUCAAUCAACCGGCCAACCAGACAACUUUCAACUCCACUUCUAACGUCCUCUGUGGAACUCUAACUCAAGGGUUCAACGUCUCCAACGCUGACGGCGGCAGUCCCUGGAUCUUCGGCAACGUCACAGUGGGUGUCGUUAGUGGAGUCGACCACGGAAACAGCUCGUGGUCUGGCAUUAUCGCUACCCCGAUCGCUUAUUUCACCAACUGGAUCGUCAGAACCGCUGUAUAAUUUAACGACGCGAUCCGAACAAAAGACGACCCCUAGCCAUGUACCAACCAAAGAUUUAUUUUAUUAAUAAUACACAUUUAAUACACUCGA